AUGGGCGCUUCAGAGUCUACUUUCCCCACCGCGCAGACGCCGGAUGACCAAAUCACCACCGUAACAGCACCGUUGGAAGCCUCUGAUCCCAUUUUAGAGCGCCUUAAAUCCCUCAAAAUUACGCCGCCGGUGUUGACGUCGCCUCCAACGGAGGGUACUUUAACUGAUAUUCUAGUGAGGCGGCCUUCAUCAUCGCCGGGUAUGGCUACAGUGAAUCCCAAGGUUUUACUUGAGCUCUUCUCAAUGUACCGUGAUUGGCAGGAAGAAAGGGUCCAAGAGAUAAGCAAAAAACAGGAGGAGAUAGAAAACAAAAUAGAAGUUGCUGAUGCUUUGGCAAUCAAACUUCUUCAGCGAUAUAAUCACUCAACGUCCACUAUGAAGACUGCUUCACAGCAUCUCUCAGGAGUUCAUUCAUUGCAGGUAGAAAUUGGAAGGCUCAAAGGAAGGUUGACCGAAGUUAUCAGUAACUGUGAUGCUUUGUGCAAGAGGAUCGCUGCAGAGGGCCCAGAACCCCUCCGAUCAUCUAUCAAACCUUUUGCAAUUGCUAAGGCUAAUCAAGAAAUUUGCUCAAGUUCAACUAACUUGCAAAACGUAACAAAAACAAGUCCACCUUCUGCAGAAUAG